CUCGCCUCCCCCGCACCUUUUGAACUUGUUGCUGCUGCUCGGCUCGCCUGCGCCUGGCUUUUGGAAGGUGAAAAGGAGGAGGGAGGCACGGAGGGAUGGGGGCAGGGGAAGAAGAGCUCGCCUGAGCUUUAUUUAUGCUCCCUCGGCGCGUCGGAUUCGGCUGCUCGCGAGCUGCUCUCUCUGCUUUUCCCUUUCCGGGUGCACGACCAGGACAAAGUCUCUAUGCAACUCAGCCCCGGCGCGCACUUGGCCAGGUAUGUACCGCGGGCGAGGCGCGUUCUGCGCGGAGGCAGAUGCUGCUGCCGCCGCGGCGGCGGCGGUUGUCAUUUCCCGGGUUCUGUAAUUGUCACACUGCACCUGAGCUGAACUUGAAAAGAGAGUGAAGGGGCGAUUGGGCGAACGCUUUUGGCAGACACAGGGGGUGCUUGUAGACGUGGGGGAGGAGGGUCUAUAUUAACGUCCCCCCAACUGUGCCCACCGCACAGCACCUCCAUCUCUGCAAAUAAGACCCGAGGAGUAGAGGCGGCAACCGAACUCCCAAAGAGACCUGGGGCAGCGGCUGUGACCGCAUCUCGGAAGCUACAACAGGUCGCCUUUUUGAGACUCCUUUGGCGGGAAGGGCCACUUGGAAAGAGAAGGUUUGAAAAAGCUAAAAAGGAAGGUGGAAGGGUUUCCUAAUUCGUCAAAAGAAUACCACUGAGUGACUGUCCUUCGUUUUUCUAUCCUACACGAGGCAUACUGACCCCACAUUAUCCAGACUGUCAGCGGAGAAAUCAAAGGCACCUAUUGGAAGAAAUUGCAGCACCUAAAGUCACCUGUGUACUUAUUUGUGCCAGGAGUGGCCUGGUCCAGCUGCUGGAAGAGGUUUGGUUAGGUUCUGUUGGGCGCGAUUGUGAGGACAUUGUAUUUUUUUUUUUUUCUGUUACUCCAAAUACCUGUUUUUGAGGGACACUUGCCCUUCUGAGAACUGUGACUUCACCAGGAGCCCUACCUUGGAAUAAGAGUGACACCUCUGGACCGGGUUUCUCAGUAGUAUUUUGUUUGACAGGAGGAAGCGGGUGAUUGUGGCUACUUUGACCCACUGUAGAGGCCUGACUGUCCUUCUUGCCUCCACUUAAGGAACCAUGGCGGCGGGCGUAGCAGCGUGGCUGCCUUUUGCCAGGGCAGCAGCCAUUGGCUGGAUGCCUGUGGCCUCGGGGCCCAUGCCAGCUCCCCCAAGGCAGGAGAGAAAAAGGACUCAAGAUGCGCUAAUUGUACUGAAUGUGAGUGGCACCCGUUUCCAGACAUGGCAGGACACUCUGGAACGUUACCCAGACACUCUGCUGGGCAGUUCAGAGAGGGACUUUUUCUACCAUCCAGAAACUCAGCAGUAUUUUUUUGACCGUGACCCAGACAUCUUCCGCCAUAUCCUGAAUUUCUACCGCACUGGGAAGCUCCACUAUCCUCGCCAUGAGUGCAUCUCUGCUUAUGAUGAAGAAUUGGCCUUCUUUGGCCUCAUCCCAGAAAUUAUUGGUGACUGCUGUUAUGAGGAGUACAAGGAUCGCCGGCGAGAGAACGCGGAGCGUCUACAGGACGAUGCUGAUACUGACAACACAGGAGAGAGUGCGCUGCCCACCAUGACUGCUCGGCAGAGGGUCUGGCGGGCGUUUGAGAACCCCCACACCAGCACAAUGGCCCUGGUGUUCUACUAUGUUACAGGGUUCUUCAUUGCCGUCUCAGUCAUCGCUAAUGUGGUAGAAACAGUGCCAUGUGGGUCCAGCCCAGGUCACAUUAAAGAACUGCCCUGUGGGGAGCGGUAUGCAGUGGCCUUCUUUUGCUUGGAUACAGCCUGCGUCAUGAUCUUCACAGUUGAGUACCUGCUUCGCCUGGCUGCAGCCCCUAGUCGUUACCGCUUUGUGCGUAGUGUCAUGAGUAUCAUCGAUGUGGUGGCCAUCCUGCCUUACUACAUUGGACUGGUGAUGACAGACAAUGAGGAUGUCAGCGGAGCCUUUGUCACACUCCGAGUCUUCCGGGUCUUCCGGAUCUUUAAAUUUUCCCGUCACUCUCAAGGCCUGCGCAUCCUGGGGUACACGCUGAAGAGUUGUGCCUCAGAAUUGGGCUUCUUGCUCUUCUCGCUCACCAUGGCUAUCAUCAUUUUCGCUACAGUUAUGUUCUACGCAGAGAAAGGGUCUUCGGCCAGCAAGUUCACCAGCAUCCCUGCCGCCUUCUGGUAUACCAUCGUCACCAUGACAACACUAGGGUAGGUGCCAUCAAGGGAAAUGGGAUGGAGGAUGAAUAUGUGUGAGGUGAUUGUGGACCCAUUAAGGUUAUAUAAUAAUUCAAAGGAGAUAAUUUUUCUCUUUCCUCAGUGGGUUUAGGAAAGCAUUAUCUAAAUGGUUUUGAAGAACUCUUUUGAUCUGUGAAAUAGGUAUGAUAUAGAGGUUGAAGUACUGAGGAAGUUGCUGGCAAAUGUUGAGUAUUGAUGCCUGAAAGUGAUAAAUACACAAAGAAAUUUUAGAAUUCCUGAGUAUAGGGAAAUA